AUGACCCGCUCGAAGCGAGGGAUACGCCCCGGUCUGCGAGCUUGCAACACGAUGCCGUCGCUGCAAUCGGCCCUGGACGAAAGCGAAAAGGAUGAAUGCUUCCCCACCGAAGAGGAGAAGGUCAUCUUAGCUCGCAGGCACACGGACUCUGAAUCACACGGCGACUGGGUCCGGCGUUCGCCUCCUGGAGACGUCUUCUACCGCUCGCUGCCAAACAGCUUCCACGAAGCCACAGGGGAGAGCCGGUCGGCCUGGAGACCUCGAAGACGGAAGAAGAAGGCGAACCUGCAGGAAGGCCUCCAACAGA